GGUCACAUGACCGCGGCUCCUGUAGAGUAGGAGCCCAACAUGGCAGCCGGGGCCGCGGGGGGAGCUGGCGCCUGCCGCGCUCGGACCUAGGGCCGCCCCCCGCUCGCCCCCUCGGGACCGGCGCAGCUGCGGCCCCCGUGGCCCGGGCGGAAGGAUCGGCCGGGAGCCUCCGAGCCAGCUGCCCGCCAUCGCGUGCGACAUGAGGGAGAAGGGCCGCAGGAAGAAGGGCAGGACCUGGGCAGAGGCCGCCAGAACGUAGGGCUCUGUAGCUGCUGACUGAUUAACAGUGACUCUUCUCAGGACAAGGGCUGAGGAACUCUACUAGUUGAAUAAAGGAAUUCAUGAAUGUGAACCAGAUGCCACAUACAGCAAGAGGUAUGUUCUGCUGAGCUGCAGUAUUCAUAAGGCCCUGAUUAUAUAUACUUCAGAAAACUAUAACUAAAGAAAAAUCCGAUCUCUUAUCUGGUGCAGUUGGUAACUCAAGGUCCUGGAGAAAUAUCCCAAUACACCUAUGAGCCAUAAAGAGAUUCUUCAAGUUAUCCAGAAAGAAGGACUGAAAGAAAUCAGAAGUGGGACUUCUCCUCUUGCAUGUCUAAAUGCUAUGCUGCAUACAAACUCCCGAGGGGAAGAGGGCAUUUUCUAUAAGGUUCCAGGGAGAAUGGGAGUGUACACACUGAAGAAGGAUGUUCCAGAUGGAUUAAAAGAGCUGUCUGAUGGCUCAGAAGAGAGCAGUGAUGCGCAGUCAGACUCUCAAAGCUCGGAGAACAGCAGCAGCAGCAGCAGUAGCAGUGAUGGUGGCAGUAACAAAGACAGGAAGAAAAGCAGAUGGAAAAGGAAAGCAAAGUCAUUGGAGUCCAAUGCUGCUGGUGAUAUCACAAGCAAUUCCUGUUACCACUGUCAAGAGCCGCUGCAAUGGCUCAAUGAAGUACCAUCUAGACUGUCACAGACAUGCUCCCCGCCAUCAGGCUGCCCAUCUCCUUCCAUCCCAGCGGGUAAAGUCAUCUCACCAUCCCAGAAGCACAGCAAGAAGGCACUCAAACAGGCCCUGAAGCAGCAGCAGCAAUGCAGAGCAGGCAUGCCUGUGCCUUCUAACCAGCAUCUUCUACUGAAGACUGUGAAGGCAGCCAGUGACUCCAGACCUGCUAAACCUGUUUCCUGUACAGCUUGGGAAGGAAGGCAGUCAGAUGGACAAUCAAGCAGCCCUCAGAACUCCACCUCCAGCUCCUCUCCCUCUGUUAAGGCUGAUAACUCCCUGCCAGGCUUGGGGAAGAAACCAUUCCAGAGAUCUGACAGACUCCAUGCAAGGCAGCUGAAGAGGACGAAAUGUGCUGAAAUUGAUGUGGAAACACCUGACUCCAUCUUAGUGAACACAAAUCUGCGGGCGCUGAUCAACAAGCACACAUUCUCCGUCUUACCCACAGACUGUCAGCAACGGCUGCUGCUGCUGCUCCCAGAGGUGGACAGGCAGGUUGGGGUAGACGGUUUGAUGAAGAUGAGUGGUUCCGCACUCAACAAUGAGUUCUUCACUUCAGCUGCCCAGGGCUGGAAGGAGAGGUUGUCGGAAGGUGAGUUCACCCCAGAAAUGCAACUGAGAAUACGGCAGGAGAUUGAAAAGGAGAAGAAGGUGGAGCUAUGGAAGGAACGAUUCUUUGAGAGUUACUAUGGUCAAAGUUCUGGAAUGAGUCCUGAAGAGUCCAAGAGACUGACAACAUACACCAGCACUCCUGACACACAGGCCAGGAAUCCACCAGCUGAACAGAUGAAAUGCAUGCUAGUCUCCAAGGCACCGCCCAGAAAAGAAGAGAUAACUCCUCUGUCAGAGUCUACAGCACAAGCAGUGCAGGUACCACCUCCAGCAGUGAAAAAAGGAGGAGCGGAAAGAAGAGAAGAUGUGCAUCUCCAAAUAGGCAAACCUGCAGCAUCUGUAAAUUCCUCAGAUAACAAUGCACUGCAACUUAAUGACCAAACUUUCUCUAGGCCUCUGAAGGGUACUGAGGAAUCCAUGCAAGCGAAGCCACAAGCUGCCUCUGGUCAGAAACCAGAAGAAGAAAGACAGCACACUCCAUCCAAGGAUCUGUCAGUAAAGGGGAACACAAGCUCCUCAACCUUGGCCCCAAAUAAACCAAAGAGCCCCAAAGCAGGCGAAGCAGCGGCAAGCAUGGUGAGUCAAGUGACUCCCCAGGAGACACCUAAAAAGGAACCCCCUGCAACUGAACAAAUGGAUGUCAGUGUUGAGGGCCUCAAGAGGAAGUCAGAGAGUCAGGAAGAAGCACCAUUCAGUCCUGAAAAAAAGCCACGAAUCAUGGACAACUGCCAGUACCAGCAGUCAUUUCGGACCCAACCACAGUCCUUUCCUGCGGCUGGGGAGGGGGCACAGGGGCGAAAGGUUCCCCCGCUCAAGAUUCCUGUCUCCAGAAUCUCCCCGAUGCCAUUUCUUGCUAGCCAGGUCUCUCCCAGGGCUGGCUUUCCAACCUCUGUCACCAGUCCUGGAAGAACAGGGGCCAGAACUUUGGCAGACAUCAAAGCAAAAGCCCAGCUGGCCAAGGCCCAGAGAGCAGCUGCUGCAGCCGCCGCCGCUGCCGCCGCCGCCUCCAAUGGGGGAGCCAUCCCAGGGCCUGGUCCAGGAGGUGGGGGUUGUCCAGGAGGGGGAGGAAGAGAGGAGACGGGUAGUACAGCCACAAGUGGAACCAAUGAAACUGGAAUUAAAGGCAGUGCACUGGAACUGGCAGGAACUGGAAGCGGGGGAAGUACGAGAAGGCCUUUUCCCCAUUGUCCAGGGACCCAUUCCCAAGUGGAGACCCAGGCCACGGAGUGGACAUCACCUCUACGUGUCUCUAGAGCACAACUACAGCAAACGCCCACGGUACAAUCCAGAGCUGCAACCAGCAACAGAGGCAAAGAUUCGUCAUCACCAGCCCCCCCAGCAUUAGAGAAAAUGAACAGAAUGAAAGUGAACCCUCCAAAUGUGACUGUAAGUCAGGUUUCCAGACCAUCUGUGGUCUCAAGCCACAUAUAUACUCUCAGUAGUGACGGACAAGAGAAAGCACCUUCAGCUCCAGGAGGUCUAAGCCAGAUCUCAGGGGCACCAGCUGUCAGGGAUGAUGCAGUCUAUGUCAAUGUAUGCAGAGCAGGUACUGACAAAAAUGUGACUAAGUCAGCACUUACUGCCACAGAAGAGACCAGCUUAAGUAUUCCUAAGAGCAAACCUCUUUCCCCUCUGAUGUCUUCGCUGACAGCGGUAACCUCAGAAACUCAGGCUGGUGUUGUGGUAGCAUCUACUAUACCUACUCCAUCCUAUAGCACUUUGUCAGUAGCCCCUAGCCUUAAAGUACAUAUAGCUCCCUUGAGCACAAGUGGGCCCCUCCUGAAGUCGAGCUCCAGUAUUCCUGCUAACAAUCCUUUGGUCACCCAGCUGCUCCAAGGUAAAGAUGUCCCAAUGGAACUAAUCAUGCCUAAGCCUCUCACCAAAGUAGAAAUGAAAACUGUCCCACUAGCUCCAAAUGAAUCAAAAGGGUCGGCAUUUUCCAGUGCGACAAGCACAGCUGGGAAUGACUCUGGAGGGGAAAGUGGUGAGAGACAAUCAAAUUUAGCCAUGCAGCAACUUGGAAAGAUAUUUUUCCCAAGCAGGCAGCUGCCCCAUGUUCCAGGGAACUUUCCCCUCUUCUCCGGAAAGGACCUGAGAAGCACUAGUAUUGACCAAUACCAGUGCCAAGAGGCACUCGACAAAGCCACUCAAGAGCAGAUCCUUCAGACUCUUAUCAAGCGGGUCCAGAGGCAGAAUCUGUUUUCAGUCCUGCAGCCUUCACAGCUCAGCCUAGUUCACUCAGGUUUCCAGUUAGACAACAGCUCCACCAGUCAGAGAUUCAUGCUGGGUUUCAUGGGCAGGAGGACAUCUAAGCCUGCCAUGUCUGGCCAUUACCUGCUGAAUAUUUCCACCUAUGGUCGCGGCUCGGAGAGUUUCAGGAGAGGUCUGUCCAUGAAUUCUGAGAACCGCUUGUGUCUGCAUGAUCCUUCUGAUGAUCCAAAAAUAGAAUGUGGGGAAUGUGAAGAAAUAGCUGGCAAUUGUAAUAGCAGUGCUGAAGGAGAUGCAGAUGAUGAGAGUACUGGUGAUGAACAUGAACAUAUCAUUGUAAAAGAGGAACCCCUGGUUUCCCAGGUCUCUGGCCAGCAUGAAAGAGAACAGGUAUCACACAGCAUAAAUGCUUCUUCAGAUUGCAAUGUGCCUAUUAGAAAGAAUGUAAAGAAGGAGGCAGUCUUAUCUCAGCAAGCAGCAGCCCGCCCAGAGAGUGUUCACCAGUUCCCAGGAGGCCAGGUGUUUGAUGGAACUGCAUUAGCAAGAGAUUUAAUUCAGGCAGCCCAGGAGCAAAUGGCACAUGCUAUGAGGGGAAAAAUGAUGCACCGCAAUCCUGAAGCUUACAGCGCUUCUGCACCAUCUGCAGACUCUGUGUUGCAGCAGCCUCCACUGCUUUCCCAUUCACACCCUUCAAAGCUAUAUGGAAACACUGCAGCACAGCUCAUUGGUCCUAGUUAUAGUGGCACUAUAAAUGUCUCCACCUCUCCAGACGUGAACCAAGGGUCUCUCAUGACUGGGCUGUCAGAUUGCAAUCAGUUGGCCAGUAGCAUGGGGAACGUCAUGUCUUUCUCUGUGACUGUAACCACCAUUCCCGCCAGCCAGGCUAUGAACCCUGGCAAUCACAAUCAGACCAUCCCAGUUCAAGCCUUUGGUGAUGACAACAACAUGGAGGAUUCGCCUUCUAAAUGCUACUGCAGGUUGAAAGCCAUGAUCAUGUGCAAGGGUUGUGGUGCCUUCUGCCAUGACGACUGCAUUGGCCCCUCUAAGCUCUGUGUCUCCUGCCUUGUAGUACGGUAACUGAGACAUAUGAGAUGAGGAGAAGGAUGGCUUGGUUUUGUGCCUCCUUUUGAAAUUCUUCACAGGAAGAAAGAGGGGUUUUACUGCCUUGCACAAGAGACACAUUACUGAAUCAGGAAUACAGAGUAGCGUUCUUCGUUCAUUGAAGAAAGAGCACCUUGUUGUAUAGUGAGUCUAAGCGAGCUCAACUAUGUGAAUUGUGACAAGAGUUUGCACUUAAGGAAUCAUGUAAAUAUGUCACAUUAUUUUGUUUAAAAAUUAUUUUUUCAAUCUUU